AUGCCUGCAGAACACCAGUUUGCAUAUAGACACAACUGUAAUGGACUCAGCAUUGAUCAGAUGAAGGAACUGGAGACUGAUGAUGUACCUCUGCACACUAUUGAAGUGAUACAUGCAUAUUGGCAAGACAAGAGGCAGAAAAGGGGAAUGCCACUUAUUCGACAUUUUCAGUCGGCUAUGUGGAAGAUCUACGAACAGCAGCUGCAUGAAUGGGAAUCAAAAGUAUGCAGGAUGCAGAGUUCAUCAAAUGGGUACCAAGAAAAGAAAUUGCCUCCCAAGCCUGCAUUGUUUGCCUUCUGUUUGAGGCCUCGUGGACUCCAUGUACCAUACAAGGGACCAAAGCAGCGUUCUCAUAAGAAGCUUAUGUCCACAGGCUGCCAUAGCUUUUCAAGAGAGCAUGAUGGCUUUUACGGGCAAGGUAUUCUCCCUUAA